UAAAAGUGAGGGAGAUGAAGCAAUGACAGAGGGCGGUGUUCAAAAUGGCAGCCAACUCGGAGUGCACUGUCUUCGGAAGUGGUGAGGUUUUUGCAGAAUUUGAUUCCGUUCCCAGUGCUGAAUCUGCUCCAAAUGCUGAAUCGGUGAAGAAAAAAUCAAGAAAAAAGUCCGCUUUGGAUAAAAAGAUUAGUCGACUUGUCGCUGAGAAUGAGCGACUCAAAGAAAAAUUGAAAAUGAUUAUUCAACCAAGAGGCGUACAUAUAGAGGAUGGCAGGUACGAUGGACCUAUUGCCCAAGUUAUGUUCAUGAAUCACAGUAUAGUAAGAAAAUACCGUCAGGAGAUAGAAGAUUUCUUUGAGGAACUGGCUCAAAAACAUAUCGAAGGCGACCACCAACAAGAACAGAAUUUUCCACAGCCUCAGUCUUCAUCGGUGAAGCUGUUGACAGAUGUAGAUCCUGAGAAGAAGGAGGCAUUUACAGCCGUUGGGAAUGUGCAAUUUUUUAACCAAUUCUGUAUCGACAAGAUUGGAAAACCUUUGUUAAAUGGAAACCCUCGAUUAACAGUUGGAUGGUGUAUUCCGGACUAUGAGCAGAUGUUUUCAGAAUCCCUCCCAGAAGAUGAUCAGCCAAGUGGCAAGAAGAAAAGACAAAAGGCAUGUUGCUUCAACUGUGGUGAAGAUGACCAUGGUGUCCGUGAUUGUCCACAGCCACAAGAUCUGGCAAGAAUUAGCAUGAAUAAAAAGAAGUUUCAGAUGAGUUUGCCAAACAUUCCAACAUCUAAACGGUAUCAUUUAGAUGAAGAGAACGUUGAAAAAUUCAAAGCUGGAGUAGUAAGUGAAGAACUAAGGAGCGCUCUCGGACUGAAGCCUAAUCAACUACCGUUACAUAUCUACCAAAUGCGAGUGUAUGGGUAUUCACCUGGACAUCUUAAAGAGGCUGAAGCUGUCAAAUCUGGCCUUACAGUGUAUGAUAAUCAUGAUGGAAGUGUUGGUGGUAGGCAAACAGAGCAGCAGCCAGAUUAUGACCAUGACAAAUUAAUCUGUUUCCCAGGGUUCAACGUUGAUGUACCACAUGACAUGCAUGAUGUAAGUACUAAUGUAUUCCCAACCCUAAGCCAUUUAAAGGGUAUAUUAAAAAUCGAACAAGGUGCCGUUAGCCAUCGGUCAUCUGUCAGCACAUGCGUGUCAAAAGAAAUGAACUGA